CCGGAAGUCCCUGCCCGCACAUUCAAGGUGCCUCUCUACCUUGCUACACGGUACCUCACUUCGCGUACGUACUAAGGUACCUAUCCAUUACACCCACGCGACACGGAGGCCGAGCACACGGUGGAGCUCUGUCGCAUCCAUCACUUUUCCCCUACAAAGCUACCGACGCCCUCUGCAUCGGCUUGGCUGCUGAUAUUUGCUACUCGGACUACAUAAGUCGAGGCAACCCUUACAACUCUAUCUACCACCACCAACACCACCUCCUCUUCUUUUCCGCGACCCCGAAUCCCGACCAUUGCCAACUUCCCCUCACGAACCUCUCCUCUCCCUAGGUCCGGUUCAUCGCAACAAAGGAAGUCCAGGAAAGCAGCACCGUCCCUUACACACUGAAGAACCGCACAUCUCAACGCCAUCAAAAUGUCGCUCGCAACCGACACAAAGAUCGCCGAGUUCACUCACACCUCAACCGACGACAUCUACCGCCUCACAGACACCAUCCGCGCUACCUUCCGCUCUAACAAGACCAAGGAUCUCAAGUACCGCACUCUCCAGCUCCGUAAGCUCUACUGGGCCAUCAAGGACUAUUCCCCACAGCUCUGCGAUGCCCUGCGCAAGGACCUGAGGAAGUGCAAGCACGAGGCUGUCCUCUCCGAGGUUGACUGGUGCGCCAAUGACUGCCUCUACAUGCUCAAGAACCUCAGCAAGUUCGCCGCCGAGGAGAAGUGCGAGGAUGUGCCUCUCACCUACGCCGCUUUGAAGCCGCGCAUCCGCAAGGAGCCCCUGGGCAUGGUUCUCGUCAUCGGCGCCUUCAACUUCCCCGUCCAGUUGACUCUUCUUCCCAUCAUCGGCGCCAUCGCCGCCGGCUGCACCGCCGUCCUGAAGCCUUCCGAGAGCGCCCCGGCCACUGCCAUGGUUUUGACCAAGAUUUUCGAGGUUGCUCUUGACCCAAAGGCCUACACCGUCAUCAACGGUGCCGUCCAGGAGACUCAGGCUCUUCUCGACGUCAAGUGGGACAAGAUCAUGUACACGGGCAGCACUGCCGUCGGCAAGAUCAUCUCCAAGAAGGCCGCCGAGACCCUCACGCCCGUCACCCUCGAAUUGGGUGGUCUGAACCCGGCUUUCGUCACCAAGAACGCCAACGUCAAGCUCGCCGCUCGCCGUCUCAUGUGGUCAAAGUGCCUCAACGCCGGCCAGGUCUGCAUUUCUCAGAACUAUAUCCUGGCUGACCGUGCCAUCGUCGAGGAACUCAUCCAGGGCCUCAACGCUACUUACAAGGAGUUCUUCCCCAGCGGCGCCAAGAACAGCCCUGACUUCUCUCGUAUCGUCAACAAGAAGUCUUUCCAGCGCAUCAAGAAGAUGAUUGACGAGACAAACGGAAAGAUUGUCAUGGGUGGUGGGUUGGACGAGGACCAGCUCUACAUUGAGCCUACCGCCGUGCUGGUCGAUUCCAUGCUCGACUCCGUCAUGAAGGAUGAGUCUUUCGGUCCAGUUUUCGCCAUCAUGCCUUAUGAUACCCUCGACGACGCAAUCAACAUUGCGAACCAGGUAUACAGGACGCCUCUGGCGCUCUUCGCUUUUGGCAAUGAUCAGGAGAGCAAGCGAAUCCUCAACGAGGUGACUUCUGGCGGUGCCACCAUCAACGACGGCUUCUUCCAUGCCUCCAUGUCGACUGUCCCCUUCGGCGGCGUCGGUGAUUCCGGCACGGGCAACUACCGCGGUCGCGCGUCCUUUGACGCCUUCACCCACCGCCGCUCCGUCGCGCAGACUCCCACGUGGUUGGAGAAGUUCAUCCGUGUCCGUUACAUGCCGUACUCCCCUAAGGAGCUCAAGCGCCUCCAGGGCAUGACAAAUGACAAGCCCGACUUUGACCGCAAUGGUAUUCAGGUCCGCGGGCUUGGUUACUGGGUCAAGUUGGUCUUGGGGCUCGGCGCGAAAGGUGCUACAGGUGCGUUGUUGAGAUGGGUCUUGGCCCUGGUAAGUAUGUACACCCUAACCCAGCGAAGGCGUUCUUAGGACUUUGAUCGGAUGAAGUUAUGGGUUGCAAGAAUGAGUUUCAAACACAAAGAGCGUUUAUCACACUUCACCUCCGCUGUUUCGUCUCUCUGGUACCCAAACACACUUUCCCAAGUGCGAUUGUCACUGUGUUUUUUUCUUACCAAAAAAAAACCACAACCUCACCACAACACAUGCCCUCGCGCACCCUUUUUCUUUUGAUUGUAAGUUUAGUCCCCCUUCAGAUAUGACCGGCCUUGGAGAGAUAUUGGGGGGCAUGCGAAAGAAAAAGUUUCGACUUGUCGUUGGACACACUCGCUUGGAGUGAAGGGACUCAUGUUGCUGGGAUGAAAAUAGGGGGUGUGAAUGUAAGGCUUAGAGAAGCCUUGGUCCUAUCCCUCAUCUCAGACACAGUCUGACGGUACUGUGCUAUAUACCAUUUCCUAUACGUUAUGCGAUAGUAAUGUGAAGAAGGCAAAAAGGAU